CAUCGCUUCCUCAACUAUCAUCACAAGUCUUGCCGUCGACAACGAUGGCUACGAGGCGACCUCCCAUUUCCCGCUCAAGGGUACCUACUAUUAACACAAAACCUCAAUCCUCUAUAUCAAAGUCCAAGUCUGCUCUAUCGACCAUCACGUCACCGACUACAGAAGAACAUCCAGAGCAUGCGCUCGCAAUCUCAUCCUCCUUGAAAGGCUCCAGGUCCCAAGGCCAGGAUAGUUCAGAGACUCACAUCCACGUCGCCAUUCGCUGUCGUAGACGUUCCGAUCGCGAAAUUCAGGAGAACUCUCCAAUCAUCGUCAGUUCCAACGGGGCGAAGAGCCAGGAAGUCACCAUCGAGACUUCCGCACCCGUCUCUAGUCUAGGUGUUAUUACGUUGGCGCCUACACGCACUUAUCCCUUCGAUCUCGUCUUUGGCCCGGAAGCGGACCAAGCCAUGAUCUAUCACGACGUUGUUAGCCCCAUGCUAGAUGAAGUCCUUAUGGGUUACAACUGCACGUUGUUUGCGUAUGGACAGACCGGAACUGGCAAGACCUACACUAUGCAAGGCGACCUGACGCCCACUCCAAUGGGAAAUCCAUCCGCCCAAGCAGGCAUGGUACCGAGAGUCCUGUUCCGACUUUUUCAUCAACUCGAGACAUCUGCUACGGACUACAGUGUCAAGAUAUCCUUCGUCGAGCUCUACAAUGAGGAGCUUCGAGACCUGCUCGCGAACGAACUUUCUGCUCCUGCAGGAUCUGCGCAGCCUAUGGGAAAAGGUGGUCCUGGGGAUAACCAAGUCGGUCUCAAGAUCUUUGAUGACGCCAGCAAGAAGGGCGUUUUUAUUCAGGGCCUCGAGGAGAUACCAGUCAAGGAUGCUACAGAUGCACUUGCCCUCCUCACGAAAGGGAGCCAUCGCCGACAGAUUGCUGCCACUAAAUUCAACGACCACUCUAGUCGAUCACAUUCCGUGUUCUCCAUAACGAUUCAUAUCAAGGAGACGUCAACCAUGGGAGAUGACCUCCUGAAGGUGGGCAAGUUCAACCUCGUUGACCUUGCAGGCUCGGAGAACAUCGGACGCUCUGGUGCAGAGAACAAGAGGGCACGAGAAGCAGGCAUGAUUAAUCAGAGCUUACUAACUCUAGGCCGUGUCAUUAACGCUCUCGUCGAGCGUUCAGCCCAUGUGCCUUAUCGAGAAUCCAAACUCACCCGCCUCUUACAAGACUCACUCGGCGGUCGUACAAAGACAUACAUCAUCGCCACCAUCUCUCCUGCUCGUUCCAACAUGGAAGAGACCCUCUCCACCCUUGACUACGCCAUCCGUGCAAAGUCUAUCCGUAACAAACCAGAGAUCAACCAACGGAUGACACGAAACUCCUUGUUAAAGGAAUACGUAGCCGAGAUCGAGCGUCUUAAGGCCGACGUCCUUGCUGCACGCGAGAAGAACGGCAUCUUCUUCUCUGAAGAGACCUGGAAUCAGCUCACUACUGAACAGGAGCUCAAGCAGACAGAGAUGGAGGAGGCCAAGAAGCAAGUUGAGAUUGUGGAGAGUCACUUGAGGAGCGUCAGGGAAGAGUUUGAGCAAAGCAUCGCGCUGUUAAUGAAGACCGAUGGGGAGUUGAAGCAGACGAAGGAGAAACUGAAAGAGACUGAGGGCGAGCUGCAAGUCACAGAGGGCCACCUCAAGGUGGCGAAAGGAGCUCUCGAGGAGGAGGUCCUCGUCCGCCAAGCAUACCAAGUCAACGAAGAAAAGCUUGAUGGAGUUGCCUUAGGGCUGAAGCAGGUUGCCGCUGAAACUAUCGACGAUAUUGGCGCGCUCUUCGAGAAACUCCAGCGGAAGAACAAGACAUUCACGUCGAAUAUUAAAGCCGUGUCCUCUCAUGGAAGGUCUAUCUCCUCCGAGGUGCAAUCGCUCUCGACCAAAAUCGAUGACUUCAUGAAGACCGCAGGGCACACCACGCAGACACUACGCGCGGAGGCAAAGCAGUUCCAAACGAAGGAGUUCGACAUCCUCACCAGCCACUCCGAGCGGAUCGACCAACAACUUCAGCGCAUUCAGGACUCCCUUCGGAUCAUUAACGCAAAGGACGAUGCGUCUGCAGAGGCUGUUGCAGCUAUGCAGAACGCAGUCAAGGAAUCGCAAGAAACUAUGAAGAGCUCAUUCAGCUGCUGGUCUGAUAGCUUACGAACUACAACACAAACGAUGUGCAAGGAGGUGUACGCUACAAAUCAGAGUAACUUCGCCUCGUUGGAGAAUUCUCUAAAGGCUAUGGGGACACUCCUCGACUCCUUUUCUGCUCAAGCGAUUGACUUCGCCAAGGCCGAAGGAGAGUCAGCCCUGCAAGCAAAGUCCCUCGUUGAUGUCAUGUCAAGGGCGGAGAACGCGGCUUUCCAGGAGCAAAAUGCGCUUCUCAUUCAAAUAGCGGAAGCACAGAAGGUGAAAUCUGCGAAGGCCAACGAUGUACUCGUUCAACGUAUAUCAGACCUACUUGGGGAGUUCGUAGCUUCCCGUGAUCGCGAGCUGCGAGAAGCCUGUGGAGCCGUUGUUAACGCCAACGUCAAACAUCAAGAGGAAUUCAGUGACUUUGGCCAGCGUCACGAACAAUUGAUGAACGAGGUCGCCACACGCAGCUCAGAAGCUAACACCUCUUUUGAGCGUACCGCUACAGAAGGAAAGAGGACACGAGAUGGUGCUCUUAAGACCGUCGGAUCUGUUCAAGUUGCCAUCAAGGACGUUUUAUUGGCCACACAUAACUCGAUCACAACUGCCACCACAACUUAUACUGGUGAGCUGCAAAGACACAGCCAGACCCUCCAGACCUCCUUUGGCGCAGGUCUUGAUCGGCACGACCGUGCCAAGAGAGCGCGUAUCGAGACUACCAACGGCUUCGCGACCGAGGUACAGACCGAGUUACGGCACCUGCAACGAGGUAUUGCUUCCAGCUCAAGAAAUGUUGAAGGCUUCAGCGGUCGUGUGGUUUCGGAGAGCACAAGUUUAUCGGACACGAUCGAAAAGCACGGCAACAAUACGACUUCGAGGCUUGCUUCUCUGCACCAAACAGCCCGGUCACUGCUUGAUCAAGGUACUCGCGAGGACGUUCCGACCGGAAUGACACCGCGAAAACGUGGAUGGGAAUACGUCGAUGAGUGGGAGCUGACCCAGAGUCGAGAUGUCAUUCUCCAGUCGCGGAGGCAAGGAGAGCCAAUGAGGCACGCGUCCGAACCUCCCCCCUCGCAGCACCCGCAAUCUCCUGUUGAAACCCUUUCAGAGCAAAUGGAAGUCGACGCAUUAAUUGACGAGUGUUCAGACGAACCACAAAUUCCAGUCCCGCCUUCACCUUUAACUUCCUCGACUGCCACCCUCACUGAAAUACCAAUCGCCCCUCCUGUUGUCGUUCCCAGAGUCUUGAAGAAACCUGCUACUCUGAAAUCCGGACUGCCGACUAUGGGGACGUUAGUGGAUAGACCGCCGAAUACUAUGCGGAAUGGGUCCAGAAGAAUUAGAUAGUAUCUUUAUUCAUUCACCUUAUUUCGGAUGUUCCAAGCAUCCCGUGCAUUUCUGUAUCAUCAAUCACUACCACCGAAUCGUUCAUUAUUCUGCAGAUGUUCCAGUAUCAUCGAUCAACGCAUUCGUUCAUUUAUUGCAUGCAUUUCUAUAUAUCAUCAACCAACACACUCGUUCAUUAUGACUUCAGAUGUUCCAGUAGUUGCACUCAAUACUAUGUCUUGAC